AAUGUUGUGCAUAAAGUGUAUUUGCCAGAAAGAUCACGCUGUCGUACUAUCACUGGAUUAGUUUGGCAGCUCUCCUUCUGAUAAUGACUCUAAUAAAAGAAACCCACAAACCAGACUGUGACGGAAUUCAUUAUUUUAUAUUUUCAAGUUCCUCGCCAAUACCUCAAAAUCCUACUUUUUCUCCUCUUCUUUUUGAUCUACGUAGCAACGCUGGCUGGAAAUCUACUCAUCAUUGUGUUGGUCUUUUUCCAUGGUAAUCUUCAUUCUCCGAUGUACAUUUUUCUCAGCAAUCUUUCCUUGUCGGAUAUGAUGUUUUCUACCAACAUUGUCCCAAACAUGUUCACCUUUAUUCUGAAAGAUGGGGAAGGGACUAUAUCCUUCAAUGGCUGCCUCUCUCAAUUCUACUUUUAUGGGUUCUUGGGGAGCACAGAAUGCUUUCUUCUGAGUGUGAUGUCCUAUGACCGAUAUUUGGCCAUAUGUGAUCCUCUGCAUUAUUACUCCAUUAUGAACCUUAAUCUACAAAAACAAUUCAUUGCUUUUUCUUGGAUAACAAGUUCUGUUGUGACACUUUUCCCCGUUAUUCUGUUACAUCAACUACAGUUCUGUGGUCCAAAUGUCAUAGACCAUUUCUUCUGUGACCUUGCCCCUGUCUUAGAACUUUCCUGCUCUGAUACUUCAAUUGUUAAAACGGAAACCCUGGUGUCAUCGAUCUUUGUGGUUCUUCUUCCGUUCUUAUUUAUCAUUUCAACUUAUGUUCGUAUAAUUCGAACGAUCCUCAGGAUUCAAUCCACACAGGGGAGACAGAAGACAUUUUCUACCUGCAGCUCUCAUCUGGUCAUCGUAUGCACCUAUUUUUUGACCAUCAUUACAGUUUACAGCAUUCCAUCGAACCCAUACUCCUCAACAGCCAACAAGAUAAGAUCUUUGCUCUACAUUGUAGCGACACCACUUUUUAACCCGAUAAUAUAUAGCCUGAGAAACAAGGAGAUCAAUAUGACUCUUUCCGAAAUAUACACAACGCUGAAAAAAAUGCAAUUUUAG